AAGUGGAGUAAGAUGUUUCCCUCGUUUCCUACCAUGACUGUACUUGUUCCACUGUUGUCUUUAGCUGGCCUCUUCUAUUCAGCCAGUGUAGAUGAAAACUUCCCCCAGGGCUGUACAAGUACAACAAGCAUAUGUUUCUACAGCCUGCUGCUUCCAGUUACAAUACCAGUUUAUGUAUUUUUCCAUCUUUGGACCUGGAUGGGCCUUAAACUUUUUCGCCACAACUAGAUUGUGUUUAACUCUAAGAAGCCUCUUAAAAUUAAGAAUGGAGUGAAGCUUUUUGAAAACUGAUUUCUUAGUAUUCUGACCCUAACAGUACACCUGAAAAGAAACAGAGGCUAAUUAUCUUCAGAUGCAAGUACAUCCAAGCAAAUUAAAAAGUCCCUUGCUCUGUUAGGGCAUGCCUACAGUACCGAAGUAUCAUCAAAGCACACAGAAAUAUCAAACAAGAAUUCAAAUAUGGAAAUCAAGGAAGCAAUAUGAAGUGAUGUAGGCAAAUCUUCUCUCAGUGAAGGAUCUUAGACAUGCAACAAAGUCUAGAUGUGUCUGCUUAUGUAGGAAAUAUCAUUUUUCUAGUCUUUAGUGAAAAAAUAUUCUGCAGAGUUAUUCUAAGACAAUUUCAUUAUCUGAUGAUUACAUGCAAUUAUUUAUAUAGACUGUCAGUGCAAAAUAGUGCUUUGUCAAAUUCAUAGAUGAAAAGCUCUGAAUACUAACAUUCGAAUAUAUUUCAGCUCUGAAUGUGUAACAUGAUCACAGGUAUACUAUAUAUAAAGUUCUUGGCUUACUGACAAUGUUAGACUUGAUUUCUCUUUGCUGAAGCUGCACUAUUCUGCACAGACCCAGAAUUUUGAAUUCAGAUCCACAAAUAAAUCAGAGUGUUUUGUCAUGAAACUUGACACUAAAUGAAAAAUAACAAAAUUAAAUAGGAAAUGGUUUCUAAUAAAGUAUCUGCAGUGCCUAUGUA